AUGAGCUCAUCCGUCCACUACCUCUGCCCCCACACCACUCCCAUCUCCGCCAUCCCGCCCCAGUUCGCCCAGCCAGCAUCGUCAGUCGUCGGCAUCCACUACCAUCCACUCUCAUCCCUCCUGUUUUGCGAGGAGUGCGAUGCGGUGCGAUGCGAGCAGUGUGUGAGCUGCGAGCUGAACUGCUACUACUGUCCAAACUGUCUCUUCGAGGUCCCGGCAGCCAACAUUCGCUCGCAGAAGAAUAGAUGCGCCAGGAACUGCUUCCUUUGUCCUCAGUGCCACCACACUCUCUCAGCCGUUGCCACCGACCCCCCUUCGAGCUCGUACGGCGAUGAUCCUAAAGCGCCUCAAGCAAGUCUCGGUGAAGCCCCGUUCUUUCUAUCCUGCACAUUCUGUCGGUGGGAUAGUAAGCAGGUCGGAAUCUCGUUCGAAAAACCCACGUUUCUAGCGCAACAAUUGCACCAGGCAGAUUCAUCUCCCUCGGAAUUACUGGAAUUCGAUAAAUUGAAAGAACAUUUUGAAGGCUACCUCAAAUCCCAAAGUCAAGCUCAACCAUUAUCAGCAUCGCAUCAUGGACAUCGUCUAGGCGGAAGUAUAAGCUCUGGAUCACCAGCCCAUCAAGCCGCCUCACUAGCCCUAUCCAAGGAAGUCCCAACGGUGUCUAGAUACGGUACUCAACUGGGUCUGUCGACUUCUGUCUUCAAACUUCGCUCGAACAAUUCGCUCUUGAACAGCUCUUCUGCCGCCAUGCCCGCCAAUCUGAACCAUGACGGAACAUGGAAGGAAGACGUGCCAGUCUAUGAAUCACUCUUCCCGCCCGGUGGUGCCAAAAAAUCAGCGCUCAAAACCGACUCAGAUCGGCUCGCAUUCUACCAUAAUGGUAAUCAAGAUGGGCCAUCCGCUCAGGAGAAUGGCAGUACUCUGCUCAUCGAGCAGCUCACGCCGAUCGAGAAGAAGUGGGACGAAGCCUGGGACCAUCUCGAUCGUGCCCAAGACUUGAAACCAAGUCGGGUUCCACUGCGAUCGAAGCGAACAAAGAGAUGUCCGACCUGUCAGCAUAUCCUCAUCAAGCCCGAACAGAAGGCACAGUCGAUCCGGUUCAAGAUCAAGCUGAUUGCCUCGAACUAUCUGCCUUUGAUCGAACUCCAUCGGAAACGGAUGACCUCGACCAAGCUCGGCACCGAUCGUCUGACGUCUGGAAUCAGCGCUGCACGCAAGAGUGCCGCCGCAGGCCGGACUGGAACGGCAGCCGGCAGCAAUCCGCUCCUCGGGCGUGUCGGCGAGACACCCGACGAGGUGAUCCGGCCGGACCGCAAGUACCACUUCGAGAUGACCUUCGUCAACCCGCUUUACGAGCCCAUCAACGUCCGCCUCUCCAUCCCCAAACCCGCGCCUGUCCCCUCGUCCGUCGAGGGAGAGCCGGACCAGACUCCGUACAGCGUCCAACUACUCGCCUCCGAAUUUACCAUUGCCGCCUUUGCCGAGGUUUGGGAGUACGACGAAGAAGAUGAGGCUGAGGGCGCAGCGAACGAGGAGAAUGUCGAGCAGAAGGAUGCCGACGAGAACGGGACCCUGAAACGCAAUCGACUCAGUACAUUCGGCUUGCCCGAUUCCGUCAGGCGUAGAACUCUCCAAACUAAUGUGGUCACCAAGAAAGCUAAUCGGACCACGAUCUUGGUCGAGGCCAAAACAAGUAAACAGUAUGUCGGCACGCUUCAGGCGGACAUGUUGGUGACGUUUACGUAUCAAUCGGAUGAUCUGAAUGACGAGCUAGAAGAGUCGCCAACCCGGCCGACCACGGCGAGUGCGUACUCGAGUCAGAAGCGAGCAGGAGGGAAUGAGCGAGACGAGGUGGGUGGUGAGGGGAUGGACGGGGAUGAGUCAGGAAUGGAGAACCAGAAGUCGUUCACCUUCUGGACUAAACUCACCUUCGGCGAGGUCAUUCAGGGCAAUCCAAAUUCAAGUAUGUGA